GACGAAAAACUUUGAGUAAAAGUUCUCAGAGCCGCAAUCCGCCGCUGCUUACCGAGGAUGGAUUAGGGUUACUCUGAACUUGUGGACUGCCGCUCUAGUGAUCCUGGGAGACAAUGUAGGGGAACCUUGUGGAGGAAACCAACAGAAGUACAAGAACAAAGUUCCCCCAAAGGAGUCGACAUGAUCAAUUUGUUCCCAGGCUGUCUGCUAGCGACACUUGUCUUGCUUCGUGCCGCGGCGGCUCAGUAUUCCAGCGAUCAGUGCAGCUGGAGGGGAAGCGGACUGACACAUGAGCCUCACACAAGAGAUGUGGAGCAGGUCUACCUCCGCUGCUCGGAGGGCAGUCUUGAGUGGCUGUACCCCACAGGAGCUCUUAUUGUCAACCUGAGGCCCAAUGUCGUACCGGCCUCAACCAAGUACUUGAGUAUCUGCAUCAAGCCUUCCAAAGACUCCAAGGGAGCGAAUAUUUAUUUAGAAAAAUCUGGAGACUUAAAGGUGCUGGUUAGGGAGCAGGAUCAUAGCCCCAACCAGAUAUACUGCUAUGGAAACGAGGAGGGCUCACUUUUUAUUGAAGCCACUCCACAACUGGACAUUAGUCGGAAAAUUACAGCCUUUCAAUACGAACUGGUCCAGCAGAGGAUUGGCAUGCGGUCACCACUUCUCUCAGCACCCUGCCGGCCGUGCAGUGAUGCAGAGGUCCUCUUGGCUGUGUGCAGCAGUGAUUUUGUGGCAAGAGGAACGAUCCAAGAUGUGACCCACAAUGCUGAUCUACAGGAGUCUCUGAUUAAUGUAGUAGCAGACAAACUAUACCGACAGAAAAGUCGCAUUUUUUACAGUACAGGACGCAGCAAGAGGUGGCUGGGACAGGUGCGGACACCUCUGGAGUGUGGAGUGAGGCCAGGAGACGGCGAGUUCCUUUUUACAGGCAGUCUGCACUUUGGUGAAGCCAGGCUCAGCUGUGCGCCUCGCUUCAAAGACUUUCAGAGGCUAUACCAUGAGGCCAAGGGCCGUGGAGAGAACCCAUGUGAGGUCGCAGCCGACUGAGCCUAGGAUACGAAAAUGCAAACAGACGUAAAGGCUGACUGCUCGCAUCUCACAAUCGCGCUUUCAGGCCUAUUUAAAUGUUGCCAAGCAACAGUGGAAACUGGAAGAGUUUUAAUUGCACUGCAGAGUGCCAUCGCUCUUUGGGACCGCCACUCUUUCAGCCCUCCACGGUUGGGCGCCUCAAGGUGUGCCUUCCGCUCCCAUACAUUGUGUAAAACGGCUGGAAAUGUGAAAAAUGUGCUUUUGUAAAAAGCUUGAUGUACAGUUUGGAAAUGUUUCUUAUCACAGAAAUGUAUGGACCUACCUUUGGAUCCUGCUGUUUUCUCUGUCAUGUGCAAUUGCCACCUGGAGUUUUCUGUCAGGGGUGCACAUUGUAACGAGUUUUCUGUGCAGAGAAAUAAAGCUCCUUGGAUCAAAGUUUAA